CGUCCGGCCCAAUCAGACGCAAAUUAGCGUCCGUUUUUAUAAAAGUAGUGUCCGUUUUUGGACGGACGCUAAUUAGCAUCCGCUUUUAUAGAAUUAGCGUCCGACUUUUGAACGGACGGUAAUUACCGUCCGUUGUACAAGUUUACCGUCUACCUUAACGGACGGUAUUCAAUGGUCAUCAACAAAAAUCACGACCCACUUAUUUCCAACCCUAUCUCUAAGUUCUUAUCUAUUUUUUUUUCUCUCUCACCAUUCUGCUUAUGUUUUCGUCGGCGGCACCUUACGAUCUCACUGAAGGCGAUCUUCUUGUUGUCUUUGCCCAAUAUGGCGAAAGUCCAAAGGUUUUGCAUUUGUGGCGUAUGAGGAUCAAAGAAGCACAACUCUAGCCCGCACUUUCUCUGAUUUGAAGGAGGUUCGAUCGAUUUCUGAGCCAAUGUCGCAGGUUUUCGUUUUAGGCUGAUGAAUAAAUGAUAAGCAGGAUUAACAGCAGCUUAAAUGUCGUUAAGCCCGGUGUCUUUACCAAAGCAAAAGGAAGUCGUACAGAAGUUGCACCUCGAAUUUUUAAACCACCAAAAAGUAUUCAACUUAAGCGCCUGUCACCAAGCUUGUGCUUUCCUAUGGAUCAGAAAAGCGUGCAUGAGGGUGCCUUUGGUGUGGGUCAGAAGGAUGGUGUGAUUAUCGUGGAUCACGGAUCUCGCCGGAAAGAGUCUAAUAUCUUACUGAAUAAAUUUGUGCUAAUGUUUAAAAGCAGAACUGGAUACCCCAUUGUUGAGCCUGCUCAUAUGGAAUUGGCAGAUCCAUCUAUAAAAGAUGCUUUUGAUUUGUGUGUCCAGCAAGGGGCAAAUCGUGUUAUCAUAAGCCCAUUUGUUCCAGAUUUUUGUUGCGGAGUUUAAACUAGUGUACAUGUAAUUAUAUGAGAUUUGUAUUAGAUUUUGUUCUAAGUAUACUAGAAUUUAGUUCUCAAAUUAUUUUUUCACUUGUAUCUACAUUUAUUAUCAAUAAUAAUUAAAUUGAUUAAUUUGUUUGCCUUAAUAAAAGAAGUAUUGUAUUUGCAUUA